GUCUGUUUAAAGAAAAUGUUAACAUCUCCUCUAAAUAUAACCCCGUCAACAGCAUCGUUCCCCUCUACAGAGGUCAGCGGUUUGGGCUGGACGGCCAGUGCAAGAUGGCUAAUGGAGAAGGGUUCGAGUAUUUUCACAUUCCUUCAGCGAAUGUAUGUAGCAAGCUCACCUGUAUAAGAAAGUCACCAUUUAUAGAACUAAAGCAGAUGACUACUUUCUUGGGAACUCCGUGUGGAAAAGAACAAAUGUGUUUCAACGGAGCGUGCGUGCCGUGGGUGAAGACUGUCAACCCCAACUACGUGCGUCAUCUGGUGAAGGAAGGUGGCUGGGGACCAUGGAGUCCGUUUUCUUCCUGUAACAACACUUGUGGUGAUGCUGUCAGCGUCUCCACACGACAAUGUAACAGACCCACACCAUCAGUGGCCCCGUUCUGUAAGGGAGAUGUCAUCAAGGCUCACAUGUGCCCUUCUGAAAAGGUGUGCUCAGGUGAGAGCAGCGUGGAGUCGGAACUCAUCAAACAACGGGUCAGCGCCGUGUGCAGCAAGGUGAAGGCCAGCGCUGCCUCUCCGCACAACUUGACCGGAGCUGGCAAAGUGUACGGCACCAGCGGCGAAGUCGACAAGUGCACGGUGACCUGUAACCUUGUGACAGGGACCUCACCAGAACGCUUUCUCCUACAGGACGGGACACCAUGCUGGGGUCACGACAACAACAGGGACCACGACUCUAAUGUCAGAGGCAUCUCGUGGCGAUGUGUACAAGGCAGAUGUCUGGCCUUCGGGUGCAACGGCAAGAGCCUGGGUGAUGGAGGCGGUGUGGAGAAAGACAGGUGUGGAGUGUGUGGCGGGAACGGCUCGUCUUGCCCCAAGUAACUCAGUCAACCCACACUACUAACCAGACCAGCCAAAAGAUGAUUGCAUAGAAAAGAGGAUGGAUAUUUUACUGCGGCAAAAUUACAAGAGGAGCCCAAAUUUUGAAACUGAAACGGCACUGCUGGCAUUUUUUGCAAGCUGCUUUGGUGUCUUGAGCAUUUAAUAUUCUUGUGUUGAUUUUGACAAGACGUUUGAUAAAUAAAAGUCUUUAAAGCCAAA